AUGUCGGAAGGCCAGUAUUCCUUCAGCCUCACGACCUUCUCCCCCAGCGGAAAGCUGGUGCAAAUUGAAUACGCUCUGAACCGCGUACAGCAGGGCUCCCCUGCUCUGGGUAUAAAGGCAAAGAACGGAGUUGUAUUAGCAGCAGAAAAAAAACUCCCAACUCCUCUUCUUGAACCAGAAACCAUCAACAAAGUAGAUAUCUUCACGCCAUCCGUCGGCUGCGUCUAUGCAGGAAUGCCUGCUGAUUUCAGAGUUGUAUUAAAGAAAGGCCGAAAAGAAGCUGCUGCAUAUGAACUUUAUUAUAAAACACCCAUGCCGACGAACCAGCUGGUGCAGGGGGUGGCCUCCGUCAUGCAAGAAUACACCCAAAGCGGGGGCGUUCGUCCCUUUGGAAUUUCUCUGCUCGUUGCGGGGUACGAUGACUGCGGCCCGCAGCUGUAUCAAGUGGACCCCAGCGGUGCUUACUUUGGCUGGAAGGCCUCCGCCAUUGGCCGCGAUAUGCAAAAUGCAAAAACAUUUCUAGAAAAAAGGCUGGCGGCUGACGGCCAUGUAUGCGUUUUGCAGUUAUCUACAGUAUUGGUGCAAGCUCCUGAAAGGACUCGGGCAUGGAUGUACGUGGCGUUGCCUUGCAGCGCGAGCCGUAGUAAGGCGCGCUACAACUCAUGGCCGGCAUCCCCCUCUCCUCACCAGCUCCAAGCCCUUAGGCUGCUGCAGCCAGGACGGCUGGAGCCUGUCGAGGAGGCAGCAGCAACCGCGGCGGCAGCAGCAGCAGCAGCAGCAGCAGCAGCAGCAGCAGCAGCACCUCCUCCUCAGACACCUCCCCUGUUGAAAAUGGCGGCUCUCGAGCAAAACCCCGCCGACGAAUUGGUUGAUUAUGAGGAAGAUGAACAGCAAAACGACCAAAAGGAGAAGGGUGUGGGCGAGGAAGCUGUAGGCCGCGGCAACUACGUCUCUAUCCACGCCAGCGGCUUUCGCGAUUUUUUCCUCAAGCCAGAGCUCCUGAGAGCUAUUGGUGAUGCGGGCUUUGAGCAUCCGUCUGAAGUGCAGCACGAGACGAUCCCCCACGCGAUAACGGGUGUAGACAUUCUGUGUCAGGCGAAGAGUGGAAUGGGGAAGACAGCAGUAUUUGUGUUGUCUAUCCUGCAGCAGCUGAACGUAGACUCAGCAGCAGCAGCAGGUACAGGUGCUGCAACAAAGCGUACUGGUGGGGAGGCCACCGAGGGAUCUGCUGCAACAGCAGCAGCAUCAUCAACAGACUCUGCUGCUGUGCCUGGGGUUAUGUGUUUGGGUCUUGCGCAUACACGCGAGUUAGCGUUUCAGAUAAAAAACGAAUUUGAGCGUUUCAGCAAAUAUUUAAAACACGUCAAGUGUGAAGUUGUCUACGGCGGGGUCCCCAUACAGAAGAAUAUCGAGCUGCUAGCUGACCCCAAGCGUGUUCCUUCUAUCCUCAUCGGCACCCCAGGCAGAGUCCUCGCGCUGCUGAAAGGCAAACACCUUGACCCCAGUAAAAUCGCUCAUUUCGUUCUAGACGAAUGCGAUAAAUGUCUGGAGAAGCUGGAUAUGCGCAAAGACGUUCAGUCUAUUUUCGUCUCUACACCAAAGAAAAAACAAGUCAUGUUCUUCUCGGCGACGAUGGGGAGGGAGAUGCGCGCGGUUUGCAAGAGGUUUAUGCAGAAUCCAGUGGAGGUGUUCAUCGACGACGAGAGCAAGCUGACGCUUCAUGGUUUGUUGCAGUAUUACGUAAAGCUGGCGGAGGCAGACAAAAACCGCAGACUAAAUGAUUUAUUGGAUUCUCUCGAGUUUAAUCAAGUCAUUAUUUUCGUGAAAUCCGUCUCGAGAGCUCAGGCACUCAACAAGCUGCUCACCGAGUGCAACUUCCCCUCUAUAGCCAUUCAUGCAGGACUGGAUCAGGAGGAAAGGAUCAGCCGCUACCAGCAAUUCAAAAACUUCGAGAAGCGUAUUAUGGUCGCCACGGACCUCUUCGGACGCGGAAUUGAUAUUGAACGCGUAAACAUCGUUGUCAACUACGAUAUGCCCGAGAGCAGCGACUCAUACCUCCACAGGGUUGGCCGCGCUGGCCGCUUCGGCACCAAGGGGCUGGCGGUGACCUUCGUAGCAAGCCAGGAGGACACGAACGUGUUGAACGAUGUACAGACGCGUUUCGAAGUUCACAUUCCGGAGAUGCCAGCAACAAUUGAUGCUUCUCAGUACAUCAACCAAUGA